AUGUCCGGCUUUGUUGCCCAUUGUUGUCCGGUCAACUGUGUCGUGGGCAAUUGGGGACCCUGGGGAGGAUGUAAUGCUGCUUGCGAGAGGAGUGGAACAAAGAUCCGAAAGAGAAAAAUCACAACUCCAAGUUCGUGCAAUGGCAAUGCCUGCCCAAGUACAACUGACAGCCAGCCGUGCACCGGCCCGUGUUGUCCACGAAAUUGCGUGCUCUCGUCGUGGUCGGCUUGGACCAAAUGUUCUUCUAGUGGUUGUGGGAAAAACAGCGGUACCCAGACGAGGUCAAGACGAAUUACGACCCCAGCUUCUUGCGGUGGCUCUUGCAGUCAAACACAAAAAUUAAAAACUGUCAGCCAACGCUGUACGCCGAUUCCUAUAACAUGCCAAAUGAGCUCAUGGGGAAAGUGGCAGGCAUGUGUUGCCACAAACGGAAAAUGUGGCGGGGGGACAGAGAAGCGCACUCGAAAGAUAAUUCGUCAUAAUUACUGCAGUCAACCUUGUCCCACAACAUUUCAAAGUCGAGCCUGUGUACAUAGCUGUUGUCCUGUUCACUGUCAGCUGAGCUCUUGGAGCGCAUGGUCAGCAUGCUCCUCCACGUGUGGACAGGGAAAAUCAUCCCGAGCUCGCAUAGUACAGCGACAUCGAAGUUGUGGUGGAAAUAGUUGUGGAACACUGAGCGAAACAACGGAAAACUCGUAA